AUGUGUUUAGCAAUUAUCCUAAUGAAUAAUAAACUUAACAUGGUACUAGUCAAGUCUAUGCUUCAACGUAUCAAGAUGGAAGAAAAACUGGUGGUAGAAAAAUUCCUAAACUCUCUCCAAAUUUACCUACAACAUAAUCAAAUUUUCGGCUUCGUUACAUUCACUUGCACACGCAGCAAUUUUCGCAGCUCAAAACUCCUAAUCCUUUACAACAUUAUUUUGCAAGUGUUGUUUGUAAGUUUCGUCUCUUACUGGCUUUAUCUCGUUCUCGAAGCUGACGAUAUGUUACCCAUUUACAAAAACACCUACCUCAUAAUACUUUUCGCCGACUUUGCCUAUCUGGAAACAACAUGGAUCUGCACCUUGUUAAAAAAAGACAAACUUUUGGAGCUUUUCAAACGCCUGAUCCACUUCGACACAAAAUGCCAAGAAAACAGCACCGUGAUCGACUACAAGCGACACAAAAAACGCCUCUUGUGCUAUUUGCUCGCCCGAUACGUUGCUUUAGCGCUAGUUAUCUUAUUUUCGGAAAUUCUCGUAAUUGUGAGUGAGCAGGAAUGGUCGUUUUCCACCGGCUUGCUAGUCAUGAUUUUCAACUCCGCUCUGAGCUACAAGGCCUCAGAAAUAGUCGUAAUGUUGCGGUCACGUUUCGCGAUUUUGAACAAACAGAUCAGGUUUCUGAACCAGUACUUGCGCCUGAAGCCGGAGGGUCGAAUAAGUAACAGGAGAGUUUUCAUCAGCUUUAGCAAAAUCUGCUACUUGCACCAGCAUCUGAGCAAGAGUGUGAAACUCUUCAAUGAGGUUUUCGGUGUUUCGUUGCUGGUUUUAUUCGGGAAUAGUUUUCUGUCCAUUGUGCUUGCACUUUUUCGCACUGCGGCCGAGCUGCAAGCCAGCCAGAUAAAGUGGACUAGAAUCGCCUACAUGGCCCUGGCCAGUGUUCCCUUUAUUUUCGACUCGAUCCACCUCUGUGAUGUGUGUUACUCGACCAUUGGGACGGUAAGUUGGUGCGAAUUAAACUUUGAUUGGUCUUCUCAGGUCAGUAAGGCUGGGGAGCUCAUCCACCAAAUUCAAACCGAGGACCAUGACAUUAUCGACGAGAUUGAAAUGUUUUCGCUUCAGAUAGCCAACGAGCAAGUUGAAUUUAACGCCGCUGGUUUUUUCCCAAUCAAUUACACGCUGGUGUUUUCCGUACGUAGCGUCCAAGUUGAGCGAAUUUAA